ACGUCAACAAUUAUUUAGUUAUUUUGUUUUAUUUUCUUUUAAGUAGUUGCAAAAAUGUUUACACUGUGGACACUGAUUGAGGCCUCGCUGCUUUGCCUGAAUGCAGUUUGCAUUUUACACGAGGAACGUUUCCUGGCUAAGUUUGGCUGGGGCCGGCAUGCCGGUCAACAGGAUUUCGGAGCACCCAGUGCCAAGGAUCAAGUCAUAAAUCUCAUUCGCUCAAUUCGCACAGUUGCCAAGAUUCCACUGAUAUUUCUUAAUGUAAUAGCGAUUGUAUUUAAACUGUUGCUUGGGUAAAACUUAAAUUCUAUUGUAAUAAAUGUACUAGUAAUGCUUUUCGGAAAA